UUUUUCCCACGAUGAUUUUUCCCCACAGAACACCUACCAGUUUCCCUUCUGCGAGUUGGUGGUGUGCACGGGUGGUGUGUGAGUGGUCGCGUUGUCGCCGGCAAAUGCGCGCGCGUUUCUGUGUUGAACCAACGAGUAUCCUAUCUCGUUCGCCUUCCUAAAAGCUGUCGGCGAAUCAGAAUGUCAGGUGAAGCGAGUGAGAAGCUACUUACCAUCGAUGGCAGCGUUAUGGAAGGCGGAGGGCAGGUUCUGCGGAUGGCCGUUGCGUUCAGUGCACUGUUCCGAAAGCCAGUGCAUGUAACUAACAUACGAGCUGGGAGGAGCAACCCGGGCCUCAGGCCACAGCAUUUGACUGGUAUAAACUUGGUGAGGGACAUCUGUGGAGGCCGCCUGGUGAACGCCGUCAUUGGUUCGACGGAGAUUGAGUUGUACCCCGGUCCCAUUCGGGGUGGCGUCUUCUCUGCCGACACUGGCACAGCUGGGAGUGUUGUGCUGCUCCUUCAAGCUGCCCUGCCGUGCCUGCUGUUUGCCGACGCACCAUCUGUGUUACGCCUUCGGGGUGGAACCAAUGCAGAGAUGGCACCCCAGAUUGACUACACAAUCUCGGUGUUUCUGCCCGUAGCAAGAAAAUUUGGAGCUUCAUGCGACAUCAAAGUUAUCAAAAGGGGCUACUACCCUAAGGGAGGUGGCCUGGUCGAGGUGUGUGCCCAGCCGCUUGCAGGGGUCCUUCAACCACUAGUCCUCACUGAACCUGGCCGUGUGGUCAGAGUGACGGGCAGGUCUUUCGUCGCAGGUCAGCUCCCCCUCAAGGUGGCCCACAUGAUGGCCGAUCGGGCGGUGGACAUUCUGAGGGAGCAACUCCUGUCGUCUGUCCCUGUGUCUGUGGAACGCCUCAAAGAACCCGAGGAGAAGGCUUUUGGCACAGGAAACGGUAUAAUUUUGGUUGCAGAGUCUUCAACUGGGAUGAAGCUUGCUGGCAGUGCACUUGGAAAACGAGGUGUGAUGGCUGAAGCUGUUGGACAAGCAGCAGCGGAAGAGCUCUGCCAGGAACUGAAACACAAUGUUUGUGUUGACAAACAUCUCCAAGAUCAGUUGAUUGUGUUAAUGGCACUUGCGAAUGGAACAUCGCGAAUUCUCUGUGGACCUCUGACAUCGCACACUGAAACUGCCAUCUAUGUUGCCCAUCUAUUAACACAGAUAGACACUACUUUUGCUAUUUUCCAGUCAGAAGGAAGGACACCGGACAAUAAGGACUGCCUGAAGAUGUGAAACAGGAUGAUGCUUGACAUAGAUAUGGUGUUUUUUAGUAUCUUAGAAUUUAUUCUAUCAAUCCCACACGAUGAAGAUAAUUUAAGAUUUUUUCUUUGUGAAGCAAUGCCCUCAAUCGUAAUCUAUUGGUGCCAUGUGAUUAUAAUCGAAAUCGUGUGCAAGCGGUACCGCUGAGCUAUCCUCACUUGUGAAUACUGACGUGAAAAAGGAAUUGAAAGCCACAGAACACUCACUCUCAGAAAGGGCAACUGCGUUGUCAUUGUGCAAGACGAUUUGUGAACUUCCUUGAUUUGGGCUCAAUGUUUUCCAAAACUUUGUUAGAUUGUUCUUGAGUAAUUGUGGCAGAUCAUUUGAAAAGUAUUUAUCCUUUGCUGUGAGCAUGGCGGAGAAGUAUCAUUUAAGGUAGGCUUUGCAAUCAGUCCAUGCUGAUGGUGUUCCUACGUGUUUGGCGUGCUUAUACAUUCGCUUUCUAUUUUUCAUACGGCUAAGGGUUUUUGUGAACCAAGGAUUAGAUGUACAGUUACUGAUCUUAAUGCGAGGAAUGUAUAUAUAUAUAUAUUAAUGUGGACACCUUUUCCCUAAACAUCAGCCAAUUUUCUUCAACUGACCUACUGUGAAAAGAUGGCAGCAUUUCAUACUCCCAAAAGCUAUCUAGUUCACUGUUUAUUACGACCUAAUUAUUUUUAUUGUAAUUACAAAUGAGUUUCGACGACAUAUUGCCGCUAGUACAAGUUCUGAAAGUAUUACUUCCAUAGAUGCUAGCAGGCUUGUAUGUACUGCUGUUCUGAAGAGGACGAAGAUGCAUGUUCAGAGGAAAACAAUAAAGUCUUAUUGCCAUUGUU